AUGGCAAACCGCAUCGUAGAGAUUCCUGGAUUCUACUAUGAUGAGGAAAGAAGGCGUUAUUUCAAGAUAAUCACCAAGUCGAUUAGCAGCAGCGGUUCGAAGUAUCAUCGUGAUGAAAUAGAAAGAAGGGCUCAUAAGGAUUUUCAGGACAAGGAGCGAGAUAGGUUACGAACUCUGAAGCAUCAGCAUCUUCGAGAAUUUGGGAACCACCUACGUAAUAUAUCGACCAGAGUUUUUUCUGAUGGUGAGUUUUACGAGUUCGCUGAUGGUGCCAAGAUAAGAGGGCCACAACUAGAGCUGAUCAAAGGCUACCAAGCUGCGAUGAUGCGCAAUGCAGGUCUACACUGUUACAAGAAGGGCAGCAUAUGGUCUAAUUUAAACCCUUCUAUAGGCAUUCAAGCACAAUCAGCGGAAGGCAUACUAGUGCUCCCCCACGACGGAGCGAUUAUCAUUACGACCAAUCUUGGAAACAUCUUUUGGGUUCAAAGCGAUGGAGAGGUCAAAAGUAUCUACUAUGAAAAAAGUGAUAACUCUAUUAGAUAUGAAACACUGAGAAUGCGGCUUCAUUUUAGAAGGUUGUUCAUCCAACGAAAGGAGAUGGGAACCAAUAUACACAGUUUUAUGAACGUUGACUUAGAAGCAUUUGAUAAGUGUGCGAAUAGUUGCGUGGAGGGUCCAUAUAAGAUGGACUUCGGGGAUCAAGACGUUUUUGAUUCAAUGAGUGAUGGCCACAAAAGGUUUUUUGUUGCUAAACAUGGUGCGAUUGAUGUAAUCUCACCUACUACCACAUCGAAUUGUCGGAUAGUGGCUAAAAUUAAGUUAGGAAGAAGCAGUGACGUGCUUUCGAUGAAAUGGAAUACACAUUCAGCAAACGUUAGUUCAGAUGAUCCAAUUGCGUGGUUCGCAUGUCGUGACGGGUCGAUUUAUGAGUUGUAUCGCAUUAGUGGAACAAGACAGUAUACUUUCAGAUUAAUGUAUCAGUUCAAAAGUUCAAGCAUUUUAACGAUUGAAGAAGUUGGAAAAAAUUUUCUCCUUACCUCUAGUCCAGGUGAAUCGUGUCAAGUCCUAAGAUUGAUAUCAAAAAAGGUUGAGAAACUCCAUGGGCGUUCUAGUCGACAGGAUCCGACUAUCAUGUAUUUUAAAACAACUUUUCGCAACCUAACCCAGGAGAAUGAAAUAUUGGUUGUAACAGCUGACGGUUGCAAUAUUAUUUAUGGUAUCAAGACGGUCGAUGGUAAAGUAGGAGAUUUUGAAAUAUUCUCGACGCUUCGAGCAGAUAAUUUUGUGCAGGAAUUUGAUGAGAAAACAGGAGAAGCAUCUUAUCACCCUAUAAAUAGUAUGCGAAAUUGUUUCGGCAAUGAGUCUUCAUCUUUGAUAACUUCUUUGGUGCAAGUUGGUAUAUGCUCAAGUAAAGACUCUUCUUCGGAUUGUUCCCAGUUUUCAGUAACUGGGGAACCUCUACUCAGAAAAAGAAGAUUAAUAAUGCUCAGUCUGGAUGAGGACACAGCAGGUUUAACAUAUAGAGCGACAGAUUUGAUUUGA